AGUAAUUGAUGACUGAUUGACGUGUGUACUGUAAAGUGUAAACUGUGAAGAAAUUAGAAAAUAAAAAUAAAUAAACUAUUUCUCCUAAUAUCAUUACACUUUAAAAAUUUAAUUACUUGUAAACCGUCAUAUUAUAGAAACGAAAUGAGUUAUAUGCUGGGACAUUUACACAAUGGCUGGCAAGUGGAUCAGGCCAUACUCUCCGAAGAAGACAGAGUUGUGGUCAUAAGAUUUGGCCACGACUGGGACCCUACCUGUAUGAAGAUGGACGAAGUAUUGUACAGUAUUGCUGAGAAAGUUAAGAAUUUUGCAGUCAUAUAUUUGGUGGAUAUCACAGAAGUUCCUGAUUUCAAUAAAAUGUACGAGCUGUACGAUCCGUGCACCGUCAUGUUCUUCUUCCGCAACAAGCACAUCAUGAUUGACCUCGGCACCGGCAACAACAACAAGAUCAACUGGCCGCUGGAGGACAAGCAGGAGAUGAUCGACAUCAUUGAGACGGUGUACCGCGGCGCGCGCAAGGGCCGCGGUCUGGUCGUGUCGCCUAAAGACUACUCCACCAAAUACAGAUAUUGAGUCUGUUCUGCCAGCUCACUUGCAUUGUUGAUGGGUAAACUGGAAAUGCUGCCCAAGACAAAUCUGCUCAGUGUUCUGUGUGGAAAAGAACUCAAACUCAUAUACAAAUACUUGUAACACAGAGGGAAGUGUCUAAGGAGAUGUCAUUGAUUUAUAUUUAUCCUGGUAUAAGUCUCAAGUUCCUUUGUUGAUAGAAAUAACAUUAUUAUACAAGAAGUGAAUUUUCUUAACUAGAAUGAACUGUUUUAGUUAUCUGCAUAAGCUACAGCGCAUCAGUUGAUCUCUUUGACUGACAGACAAAACUUUCAAUAUCUAUAAAUAAAAUUGUAAAAUACUAUGUAUUAUAGAAUUAAGAAUAGGCCUUAUGAUUAUUAUAAAUAAGUCUCAAUGUACUGUAAAUAUUUCUGUAUUAAGUUUUAUGUUUCAUGAAUAAAUGUGAUUGACAUUACAAUAA